AUGUCUACCAUGGAGCUCUCCGGCCUCACUGACGAGUUCGACUGGAACAGCACCAUGGGGACCACCGCGCGUUUCAUGCGCGACACUGGGUUCGAGACAUGGGGGUUCCUCGUCUACCGUUGCGCUUACGGCGACGAUGAAGCAUGGAAUCGCUAUAUGGAGGCUUUCAAGGAGCAAGUGCACAGUACGCUAGAGUACUACGGUCGUGAUCAUCUGCUGGAGCAGUAUGCGCAAUGGACCGUCGUCGAGGACGAGGAGACCCUGAACGGCGCUUCCAAACAGCAGGUGCGCGAACGCUUCGUACAGUGGAGAGACCAGCACGGCGUCUCUAGAGAGCUCUCCGAGGCAGCCACCAUCGCGAGACAGAGCGCGUUUUGGGCGACUCACGAAAGCACCCUUCUCCCACGGUUCACGUACUGUCUCUACGUCGACCAGAAGUGCCUUGAUACGCUCAAGCGAUAUUCUGCCGCCAAAGCCAGCGGCGCCGGCCGCACGGAUUGGCCCGUCAUCGUCAUGAUCGACGGGGAUUAUGUGCCUGGUGGCCAGUACACCCACCCGCAUCGCCGAUAUCCCGAAGUUGAAGGCUGUACGGAUGAGUAUGUGGGUUGGCAGUACGUGACUGCUGGAUGUGUGCCAACUAGGUAUGAUGCGCUGCAUUAUGAACGCAUGGAUCUUGGGGGGGAUUUUGAGAGGCCGCCAGCUGUAUAUCCUUUUUGUGAGGAGCCUAUGCCAUGA